AUGCUUGAACUCACAGUGCCCUUGGAAGAGCAGAUGGAAGAAGCAAUUGAAAGAAAAUGCUCAAAGUACCAGAAGCUAUUGGAGAAGUGCUGGGAAGGGAGCUGGAAGACCCACUGUGAGCCAAUAGAGGUGGGCUCUUAUAAAAGUUGCCAGGCAGGAUUUGUGUGUUGUGGAAACCCGAGGUCAGGUUGCCAGCAUUGUCAGAGCCUUCUCUUCAUUCAGCUGUUUAAUAUGCCUGACAGGAGCUCAGAAACCUUCAACCUCAUGCAGAACUCAACGACAUCACAGAAUGAUCCUGCAGGAGUACAGAUGAACAUGGAUUUCUAUGAUUUUCCUUCACAUGACGCAAUCUCUCAAGUCCUCCAGGAGUAUCUCCAGACCAAAAAGCCCAAAUCUCAAACCAGGACAGAGUCUGUACAACAGAAAAAGUCCAUCUCUCAACUCAACCGAACGUUUGACGUGCAUUCAGCACACAAAAGUCCUCCAGCGUCUGAUUUAAAAGAAGAUCCUCAUAAUGGUGAAGCCAGUGAACAUCAAACUAAGGAGCUGCAAAACUACAGUGCGGCUCUGCAUAAGAUGGCAGAGGACAUGAUCGGCUUGCGGUCUCAGAUGAAGGUUCUGGAGUCUGAGAACAGUGAUCUGCGGCGGGAACUCUCUCUGCAUCAGGACCUGGGUCGAUCGCUGCUGGACGACACCGACCUCGAUGUCAUGACCAACACUGAGAUCACUGACCGCAUCGCCUCUCUGAAGUUCAAGCUGUCCAGUGAAAACAGCAAAGCGUCCGCCAUGAAGGACAGAAUCCAACAGCUUCAAAACGAGCUCAUCAAGAAGAAUGACAUUGAGAAAGAGUUUGUCCAAUUGCAAAGAGCACACCAACAGCAGCAAGCCGUGUUAAAGCGAUACCAGACCCGGGACAAGAAAAUAACUGCACUGGAGGACACAGUUCGCCAACAAGAAAAGGUCAUUGAGAAGAUGGAGAAAAUUUUGGAUGCAAAUCUGAAGGAAAGAAGAAAAGGCAAUUCAGAGAAGAAGAAAACAGCCAUGAAACACAAAGAUGAGGAGGAGAAGAGAAGAGAGAUCGAGUCUGUGUUUGUGGCAGAAAACUCUCGACUCAGAGAAGAGCUGGACAGGCUGCGUAAUCUCCCUUCACCAGUCGUCAUUCAACAGCCUGUUCAGCCUUUUUCAGACAGCGAGAAACUGGACUUACUGACACAACUGGCGAGAGCUGAGGGUCGAAUCCAGACACUGGAGCAGCAGCUGAAAGAGAACGCCAAACUGUGGGGGAAAGAGAAACAAGAGAUGUUGACAAGAAUCAGUGAAUAUGAACAUGGAUUUGCUCGGACAUCAGCUAUGAUUCUUCAUGAUCUACCUGUGAUGAGUGUGAAUGAUUCUGUAUCGGUGUAUGGUCGGCACAGGCAGCUGGAACCUCUGAAGUGACAACACUCUGCUAUCUGCUGCCGUUCAGUGGUUUGAUGGUUAGCAUGAUGGGCUUCUCUGGC